AUGGAGAUGAACUGCCAGUUGAAUAGGGACAGUGGGAAGAUUUCCCAAACUUGCAGCAUAAGUGGGACCUCGUACAAUGAUACGGGCCAUGGGCAUGGAACACCUGGGCAUGUGACUGGAUGGAUGUAUAUAAAUCAAGAUGGUAGGAUGUGUGGCCCUUACAUUCCACAGCAGUUAUGCGAGGGUUUAUCUAGUGGCUUCUUGCCAGAGGAGCUCCUCGUUUAUCCCAUUGUGAAUGGAAAUUUUGUUAAUCCCGUGCCACUCAAGUUCUUCAUUCAGUUUCCCGACCAUGUUCCGACAGGCUUUGUUUAUCUCAAUGUUGCUGUCCCUAGCAUAAAAGACACCACAAAUGAUCACCAUGGUCGCAAUCGGCUAAGGCUAUUAUCUAAGAACACGGACGAUAUUUCAAACUUGCCAUCGGAAAUGUUGCUUGUACUCUCAAGGAUUAUACCAUGUGAGAACCCAUAA